ACUUUCUUUGUCGUGCUCAUCCAAAGAAUUUACAUGAUUUUGCUCGUAGUGCUGCUGUGCGACCCUUUUCGUCAACAUAUAUAUUAUUCAUUGCAAAAGAGUAAGGUUUGAUACACAUUUGGUUCGAAUGAGAAGCUUCGUAUGAAGCUUCCAUUAAAUUCUUUGUGAUAUUUAUUUCCACAAUGUGUGUCCGGAUGCAUCUGUGGCAUGUUCUUACUCUUCCGUUUUAAUAGAAAAUAUGAAUACGACAAAGCAGCUUUCUGUCAGCAAGAAAAUCAACAUUCAGGUCUUGGAAGUUACUUGUGUGUGAACCUUGUGUCAGUGGUGUAAGAAGGAAAGGCAAUGACUUGUUUUGAAAAUAUUUGAAGUGCCUACCAGUGAAGAAAUAGAACUGCGAAACUUUAAUUCAGUUAACAGUGAGGAAAAUUUAGUAAGUUUCCUGGAAAAUGCCGUGAUUCACAACUACAUUUAUUACACGUUUUCAACGUCGUCUAACGCUCCAAGAUGCCGCAAUUUGCCGGCACGUAGUUCCCGAACCGUUCCAAAGAUUAUGGUGUACAGAUAUUUCAGUGCGACAUGUCGAAGCUCAGCAGUCAGUCUCUGCGUAUUUGAUUAUAAUUUGAGUGCUUAAUAUACUUAAGAGCGAGUGAUAAAUAUUGCAACAGAAACAUUUUCAAUAAUUUGCAAAUACAACAGUGAAUUGCAAAAUGGACGAUAUAUUUGAAAAGGCCGCUCGGAUCCUGAUGUCGGUAUGAGGUUAUGCGCCACUAUAUCUAGCAGGCACUGACUUCACCACGAUUGCACGGAACCACUCAGAGCAUACUUCUUGGUGAGGAGGAGUGGUUGUGUCGACCUGAAUAGUGGUGUUGUGUCUGUGUGAGAGCGUGACAGUUAUUUUGACGAAGUACAAACAGCCAAGGACAGUUCAAAAAGUUCCGCAGGAGUGUUAUUUAUCUAUAAAAAAGACUAUUAUGGACUUUGAUGACUAUGAAACACUUCCAACAAAUGAUGUUGCUACCCAUAUGACGGCGGGAGCCGUCGCUGGUGUAAUGGAACAUUGUGUCAUGUACCCGCUCGAUUCGGUAAAGACGCGGAUGCAAAACCUGUCACCAACUCCAAAUGCUACGUAUAGAGGAAUGAGUGAAACACUAUUUCGCAUGGUGAAACAUGAAGGAGUUCUGAGACCUGUUCGUGGAAUGAGUGCAGUUGUUAUGGGGGCAGGACCAGCCCAUGCGCUAUAUUUUUCAUCGUAUGAGUAUGUAAAGAAGUCUCUCACACAGGCAUUACCCUUCAAUAGUCACGUGGCUGUUGGUACUGCUGGAGUGGCUGCGACGCUCCUGCACGAUGGUGUGAUGAACCCAGCUGAAGUUGUUAAACAAAGACUGCAAAUGUACAACUCACCAUAUAAAUCAUGCCUAGAUUGUAUGGUAAAAGUAUAUCGUGCAGAAGGGCUCAGAGCAUUCUACCGUUCAUACACCACGCAACUGACAAUGAAUAUCCCAUUUCAGAGUAUUCAUUUCAUUAUAUAUGAAUUUGCCCAAAGUUUAACUAACCCAGAAAGACACUACAAUCCAAAAGCUCAUAUGCUGUCAGGAGCCUGUGCCGGUGGUGUUGCAGCAGCUGUAACGACACCACUUGAUGUGUGCAAGACAUUACUCAACACACAACCUGUAGCAGUGAGAGAAUCAGGGUUAUUUCAUGCCAUAAGGACAGUCUACAAGUUGGGUGGUCUGAAAGGAUAUUUCAGAGGAAUCCAGGCAAGGGUUCUCUAUCAGAUGCCAUCAACUGCUAUCUGCUGGUCAAUGUACGAGUUCUUCAAAUAUCUUCUCUCAAAUCCUUCCACUGACCAGCUUAUGACAGUGAUGUCACAGCCAUCAGACAGUCCAGAGAUGGCAUUAGUUGAAAAGCAAGUUCCAAGUGGAUCCAUUGCAGGAGUUGAAAGGUGGGCAUGUGGUGCAACAUCGUCUGUCUCCGGUGCUGGAGUGUAUGGAGCGUAUUCAUUCAAUACGGUCCAUGGCUCCGAUACAUCUCUUCCCAAGGGAAGCUCAUAUCUUGAAAUUGUUCAUAGUUGAACAAUUUCUGUUGUGUUAAUACCUAGAAGUAUCAGUGUGUCAGUGAUUGCAGCUGACAGUGGCCAUGAAGUUGCAGUAUGUACAAAACACUUUCUCUAAGGAUAAGAGCAGGCUUCUGUUUUGGAAUUACAUACAAAAAUUUCAAUUCCUGUGCUACACAAGUUAAUGUGUUUAAAAAGUGUUUCUCAUGGUAAUUACUUCUAAAGUCUGAGGUAAUAGAGAGAACUAUUUUGUAAGAAUGGGAAAGAUGGGUUGAGUGUACUGAGAUGUUUAUAUAGUUACUGAUCUGCUGUGCGGAUCUCAUGUGAAUAAUACUUGUACAUUUUCGUGUAAUUUCUGCAUGUUAAUUGUUAUCUCGAUAUAUGAAUAUCAGUGACAAUGUUCUUGCCAAGCCAGGUUUGAAUUAGAUCUGAGAAGCGAAAGAAAAUGGUUGAGCUGACAUGACCAAAAAAGAAAAAAAAAUUAAGCUUAAUUUAUUUCAGAAAGCUUUGAGUACAUGCACAAUGUUAUGGGUGAAAACGGUGUUCUUUGUUGUUUUGAUAUUAGAAUUUUCCUUGAUUGUCAUAAAGUAGGAAGUACAUCUCCCGGGAAUGUGAAAGAGAUGUUUAAAUUAUAUCCUCUUUUUUCCAUAGUAAUAGGAAUUGUACUCGACAAAUGACUUGCCAUCUUGUUUUAAAUGUGAUUGACUGUUCCUUAAUUGUGUUAUCAUUUGGCAUUUAAUUUUUGGGAGACCAGUACACAAUUCAUCAUGUUUUCUCAAAAUACUUCUGAUAGUGGCAGUGGGAUUUUUAAAAAGACUGAGCCCUUCUGCAGGUUAAGCUCUGUAUAUUUCAUCAAACACCCAGCAGAAAAUUACAUAUGUCAUUAUUUGUGUACCUUAAUGUUCUUAGAAGGUAUAUAAUGAGCACAGUUUGCCGCAUAAAGAUAUAAGGCAAAACUUUUAUUGGUGGAAAGUGUGUUGUCAUAAAUAAGUCAUACUUAUUUAGAUUCGAAAAGUUAAAUUAAUAUUGUCAAGACACAGUGAAGCAAUUAAACUUCCUUUUAGAAGUCGAAAACCAUUGCUUGUAAGUAGGCCCUUAACAGGUUCCUCAUUAGACUUUGUUUGUCCCAGAAGAAUACGGCUUUGAAAUAUGCGUCAUAUUAUGAACUUUUUCUUCAUUGGAAUAUUUGCGCACCAUUUAGUUUUUUGUUUUGCCUGGUGUUCUGUCACUCAUAUUGAUUUAAUAAGUGUGCACUUUCAUUUAUCUUUGAAAUUCUUGCAGCAUGUGCUCCUCGUUUGCUGACAUGAGAGCAACACAGAACCUAAAUUUCUCCUUAUGUUCUUUGAGCUCAAAGAUGCUGUUUCCCCAGUUUUUGUGCAUGUAUGAAGAUUUUUCUGUUCUCUUGAACCUAGCCACAUAGAACUUGUCCUGUCAGCCCAUUUUCUUUGUAUUUAUAGAGGUUCGUCAAAACUUGCACCAUUUGUUAAAAUUAUCCAUUCACCAGAUCAGUUUAUAUCCAGAGAUUCCUUCGCAGUUUGAACUUAGCUUACUUUGAUUGAAUCAAAUGAAAUUUUAAUCUGUGCAAAAUUCGCUCUUCAGCAAGAAUGAAAUUUUCUGACAUUAUUUAAUGGUCACUGUGUGAUAGCAAUGGAGAAGACUGUGCUGUCUAUGCUUGUUGAAAAUGAGUCAUAUUGUUGGUAUAAUGAGUCAUAAAGUUAGUAAAAUAUAUUUAUAGAGUGCAUAGUAUUUUAUGGUAAUGAUAUAACUUCCUUAUACAAUGAAUGCGUUUUUUCCUCUUUUUACUGUUUUUGUUAGUUGUGGUGGUUGGAUAAUACUGAAAUGCUCAUCUCUCUCAAGAAAUAUUGCAUUUCCAAUGUAACUGAUAUUCAUAACACAUUAAUUCACUAAAAGAUAAAGAUGUAUCAGGUUGUUAGAAUUCAUCUUACGUUCUGCUAGUGACUUUGUUAAACUGAUUUGCCAGGUAAAUAUAUGCAGAGCAUUUGUACAACAUAAUGUUCUUAUUAUUUGCAGAAUACCAGUUUGAUGAAUCUUUCAAAGUGCAUAUACAAUUUAUUUACAUUAUUCAGAUAUUCAUAUGACUAUGCUAGUUUCAAAAUUGUUUCCUCCAUUGUGGGAAUUUAUUUUCUUGAUUUGGUCUAUAUUUUCAUAUUGCUUUUGACAUUCGAGUUCAUGUUGCAUGAAUGAAAAAAGAUAACUGAUUUUUCCCACACCUUUUCCUUCCACUCCCUCAAGAACUACUAGUAACUGAUGAAGAACGCAAGUGUGACUGUGAUAAUGUCCUUAUCAUUGAAUGAUGAUAUUGACUUUUAAAGGAAGUAAUAUCAUUAAGGCAAGCACUGUCACGUAGUGUACAUAAGAAACACCAUCAAGCAAGUUUAUAAGUGUUUUAACUCCUUGAUAUAUUGUUUACUUUUUUAUUGAUUUUCAGAAGGUACUGAAUGUUUCUGUAAAAUAGGAGGUAGCAUUCCUGUAUUGACAAAUUGAUACAACAAAUUCUCAUUUAUUCUGUUGCUUUCAUUGGAGCACUGUUUGUGUGACAGGCACUGCCUAUCAGUGUGUUUUUGAGAUACUUAAUAUUAAAACAAAAAUCUUAUAGACUUGAUUGGUAUAGGCAGGCAAAAGUAUGGAGUACCUGCUGAUGAAUUUGUGUAGUAUUAAGAAUAAAGAAAUGAAAUUAAUUCUGUACUGUGAUUGCUGUUAAACUGUGUAAAUCUAUUGUAUAUAAACAACUGAUUUUAAUUUAAAUGAAAAACUUAAUUUCUAAA